UUAAAAUAUUGAGUUGCCUAUAAAUUUUACUGAUUACAUACGCAAACUUCUGGAUUAGUAGGACUCCACAUUCAUUCUCUCUCCUAGAACCACAAGCAACUCUUCUCUCUCUUCAAUUUCUCUCUCUAAUUUGUGCCCGAUCUUCUUGAUCAUCUCUGAAUUUGUAGCGGAUUGAUUUUAAGAAUCUGAUCAUCAUGUCGAAGAGUUCUUUCAAACUUCAACAUCCUCUUGAACGAAGACAAGCUGAAGCUGCUCGUAUCAGGGAGAAAUAUCCUGACAGAAUUCCUGUUAUUGUAGAGAAGGCUGAAAAAAGUGACAUUCCUGACAUUGACAAGAAGAAGUAUCUUGUACCAGCUGAUCUAACUGUGGGGCAGUUUGUUUAUGUUGUGCGCAAGAGGAUAAAGCUCAGUGCUGAGAAGGCCAUAUUUAUUUUCGUAAAGAACAUUCUACCGCCCACUGCCGCUAUGAUGUCAGCUAUUUACGAGGAGCACAAAGAUGAGGAUGGUUUUCUCUACAUGACAUACAGUGGAGAGAACACAUUUGGAGCUCUUUAAGUUUGCACUGCUGCUGGUUGUUUAUGUAAAUACGUUUCUAUGAUAAGACAUUCUCAAGUUUGUAUAUAUAGUUUAUGCUAAUUAUCAAUCAAAAAUUAAUGGCCGAAUGCCACUGUUCCUUGGACAACUUCCUCUGAAGUUGGAUAAUUGGACCUUAAUUCCGUAAUGUUUAUUUGAUGCAUCUCAUACUGUUAGUUGUCAUUUCUAUGCAACUGCUCUUAUUUUCUUCAUGUAUGACUCACGAAUUCUCGAUUAAGGUGGUUUGGUGCCGCAUUAUGAAUAA